ACCUGAACCACGUUGCUGAGCGUCGACAAGCCAUCCAACUUCUCCCAGCUUACAAACAAGGUUGUCACUAUUCAUGAAUUUUGCCCCCGUUCCCAUCAGUCCUCAGCCGAUAUGGAGUCGGCUCAAAUCCAUCUUUACUGCAAUUCCUUGGCGCUUAUGGUUGUGCUUUCCUAUGUCUAUUAGAUCAGCCGUAUAUCACCGCCUCGAAAAUUGGUAUGCUGAUGGAGAGUGGAAUAUCUGGCAUCUGCCUUUUGGCUUAAUUCUAAAGCAUACACACGAUCGGUCACCAUUCCUCGAGGCCUCUAAUAUCGCAUUCGUUCGUAAGAACACCUCCAUCCCAGUCCCCCACAUUCUAGAUGUAAUACCUUCACUACCUUCUUAUCCCGGAGGGUUGAUUAUUAUGAAGAAUAUUGAAGGCAUGACGCUGCAUGGAUGGCUUAGGACCAGAAUCUCAUACCCUCCAGAAUUCUAUCACUACCUCAACAUCCUUGAAAAUGGAGAGGACAUCAAUAUCGAUGAACUGCGCGCUAUUCUUGAUGGAUUCGAACCCACUGCUGAUCUAUCGGAUUCUGUGGCGCUCCUAGACGACCUUAGACGCGCUCCACUUAAGCUUCGCGCUAUCCCUCCCCCUCCUUCUGGCCAGGUUUCAGGUGCUUAUGGGGCCCCAUUCAUAUCGAUGCUGCUUCCGACCGUGUCGCCCUUCAGCCAUUCGAAAGCAUUCGUGCUUUCCAUGACAUGCUCCUUCAAUCAUGUGGUUUCCGUAGCCGUAUGCCUCGUCUGUUGAAGUUAGCCGAACCCGUGUACGCUAAGGAACACAGGCUCUGUUUCACCCACUCAGAUCUUCACACUCGUAACAUCCUCAUAAAGGAUGGUCGACUUGCAAGAAUCCUCGAUUGGGAGACAGCCGGAUGGUUUCCUGAGUAUUGGGAGUAUACCAUGUUGGAUAUCCGGGUCAUACAAGGCUACAA